AUGGGGAUUUGUUUACGUCGGAGCUUACAGUAAAGGGUUCGUGCAGGCAUCCAUGGUUACAUGGGAGAUGCUCGCAAGAGCCGGGAUGGGAAAAUUGAUCGAAUCUGACCUCACGAGCUCAUUCUGUUUCCUUUCCGGAAUGGCGUCUGGAUGUCUAUGCGGACUUGUCGGGGGCAUCCCGGCGCUCUUGCUGUACAAAAGUUACGCUGCAGAAAUCGCCACAUUCACAUUCUUAACAGGAUAUUUCAUGAAUAGGGUGGCCAUGGCGUGGAUACAGUCGAGCAUUUCAGCAUACUAUGUAGCUUACGCGGAAAAUCCACAAGGCCAGCAAUUCGAUACCUUAAUCCCAAACUACAUCCGGGAUUUAGAGAGAUUAUCACAAGCAUAGAGUGGGUUUUUAACUGCCUGACCAGUGUAUUCUAGUAGAAUUCAUUGUCUCUAACCUCGAUAUUAUUUUUUGUUCGAAGAUGUGUAUUGCCGGAAACCAAAUAGCUACGGAAUUUACUAAUUCAUGGAUGACAUAAAGUGUGUAAUCGAUAUGCAUAUUAGUUUAACCUUGAGAGAUUUUGGAAAGCAUUUCUUCCUAAACUUUCUUGGACUCUAUUUUCAAAUCUCACUAAUAUGAUGAUGACAGAGGAAGUACUUCAAGCAUAUGGGAAUCGAGAAAAAUGACAAUAUAUCAACCAUGUUAAAUCUGUAUUUAUUUCAUGAUAAGGUGAAUGUAACAUAUGUAAUUAGAAUCGAACCUCAUCUAUCAACCUAGCCCAAGUGAUCCAAGC